GACAAAGCAGAUUCAUUUUUUCAGUGGUGUCGGUCUGUCAAGUAACAACCUGUGGACAUGUCUAACACGACAGAAGACAGCUGUGCAGCAAGUGUUGCUAAAGGCAACAAGACAGCCACAGUCAAGGCGGAAUGCAGUGAGAACCGAACAGAGGUUGAUGCCUUCAUUGGGCAGUUAUCUUUGGAUCCUGCAGAGGAGUACAAGACGAACAACAAACGUCGAGGUCUCGCUCUUAUCUUUAAUCAGGAGCGCUUCUUCUGGCGUCUUGGGAUGUCAGACAGGCAUGGGACCAACGCUGACCGCUACAACUUGGAGAGAAGAUUAAAGGAGCUAAACUUUGAUGUGAAUGUUUAUGAAAACUACAAACAGGAGGAAGUCUGGAAUAAAAUCUAUGAAGCCUCAGAAGCCGACCAUUCAGAUGCAGACUGCUUUUUACUCAUCUUCUUGAGCCACGGCGAACAAGACCAUGUUUUCGCCUAUGAUGGCAAGAUCUCCAUCCCAGAUAUCACGUCUAUGUUCAAAGGAGACAAGUGUAAGAGCCUUGUAGGAAAGCCAAAGAUCUUUGUAUUACAGGCAUGCCGCGGAGACAAGCAUGAUGACCCAGUGACGCCCGCCUGUGAUGAUGUUGACAGUGAGUUGAAGACAAAUGAGGUGGUGGUGGAUGCCAGUGCCAUCCAUACCCUCCCUGCUGGAGCUGAUUUCAUCAUGUGCUAUUCAGUGGCUGAAGGCUACUAUUCCCACCGGGAGACCAUCAAUGGCUCCUGGUACAUUCAGGAUCUGUGUGACGUGCUUCAUAAGUUUGGGAGUUCCCUUGAAUUUACAGAAUUGCUCACACUGGUCAACAGGAAAGUGUCAAUGAGGAGUGUUGGCAAUUGUAACGACCGGAGUGCAAUUGGAAAGAAGCAAGUACCUUGCUUUGCUUCAAUGCUUACAAAGAAACUUUACUUCAGACAAAAAAAGUAACUCUUUCAGACCUCAGUCCUUAGAUGAGCUGGUUUUAUGUACUUGGGAAACAGGGACUCCUAAAGGGAGAUUUUGAAAAAUAGUUUCUUUUUUUCCUAGUCCUCAAAUGUGUGUUACUCAUGAACACUAUAAUUUUACAUAUGCAUUGAAUAAUCAUCAAAACGGCAGCCUUAAUAUUUGCAAUAAAUCUGUGGUUAUAAAAUAAAAGGGACAACCUGUAUUCACAUGUAAUGAAGAAAUGUGACUGUUCCUGGCUUCAGGCAGUUACUCUCUAAAACCUCAUGUAAUCCAAAACCCUGUUUCCAUUUGUCAUGUUAAAUUUAUUUUGGAGAAACCAGAUUUUUUUUUGGCCAAGCAAUACCUUAAUGAUCUUUAAUGAGUCUUUUUUUUCCUCAAGUUUAGGCAUUUUUUGCAUGACAGAUAAUACGAUCAGGGAAAUUAACUGAAGUAGUUAAAGGUAUCUAUUUAUUUGAGCUGCCUCAACCUGAUUUUUCAUAGUCAUACUGUUUCUUGUGUGAAUGUAAUCAGACGUUAUAAUGCAAUUCAAUACAACAGCCCAGAAGUAACUCAAAGUUAGACAAGUAAAUAGGAUGGUCAGUAUCAGCUCAUUACAGCUAUAUGUAUGUAUUUACUUCUGUUAUGUGAAAAAUGGUACAAAUCAUUUGAGGUACUUUAGAAACAGUGUCAUUAUAAUUUGCCUUGUUUAUAAUAGUCAGUACUGUUCAUAGAGAACCAUAUGUGAUGACAUAGUCUAUCAAAACAACUCAACUAAUCUUUACAAUGUAAAAUAUACUGCCCCUAACAUAGCAAAAACAUUUUUAAAAAAUACAAAAAAAGGUUGUUGAUCAUCUCAUUCAACAACAUAAAAGUUACUUUACUUGACAGUCAGCCAUUAUCCUUGAGGGAAAAUGUGCAGCGGGGCCAUUUCACACAGCAAAUUCUUUAUAUUUAAUGAGUGUUAAAUAUAUAAACUAUUACUUAAGCAAUCUACUGACUAAAUUGAUCAUGAGUGGUUUAGCAUUCCAGCUAAACAAUGCAACAAUUAAUGCAUAUCACAAACACACAGGCCAAUAUUUGUUUUUGUUUUAAAAGUUUGCAUAUAGGCAUAAUUGACUGCCAAAAAAAUGAAAUAAUAUGAUUGACAGAUGUUGACUAUAAUUUACAUCAUUGUAUUGGAUUGCAGUGUGUGAUAAGAUGUUUUUGUUAUUGUGUCCCACCACUGCAGAUCACUACGCAUUUUGCACUUUCAUGCAAUUGCUUUUUAACCAAAGGAUUAUCAUGGACCUCAUUCUGUGUUUGCUACCUUUCAUGACUUUAUCUUUUUUUUCUUUUCUUGUUUAAUCCAGUUAAAACUACUGUUGUACCACGCAAAUCACAAAUGUUUUCUUGUUUUGCCAUUGACUUUUUCUUCUUUGCAAUCUAAGACGACACUUGACAUUUCCUGGUGACCUUGUCAGGCGAGUCUGUCUUGGUUGUAAAAUCAGAUGUAGAUGUGUCUACAAGCCAGACAAAUAUUUUCCAAUGUAUUUUGCGAGGCGGGUGACAUAACAGCACGACAACCAGGUCACAGCACCUCUAAUGAUUUUGUUUCUAUCAGGGUUUAAUACUCUUUCUUUCUAUAUAAACACUAACGAUCAAGUAUCUCUCACAACAGAUAAUUCAGGCACAUGCUGUUUGUCUUCAGGCUCGCUCCAUCAAAAAGGGAAUUCAUGUUUGUGCUGUUCUUUGUGUUGUAGCAGUUUACAGUACUAAAUUUAAAAAUGCAUAUUUGCACCCAAAACGGCAACAAACACCAGUGUGGAAAGUACCUCAGGGAGGGGGGGGGGUGUCUUUUUUAAACAUGUACUGUAGACCUAAAACACUUAUAAGCUGUGUCACAUGAUUCAUGACUCAGGAAAAAGAAAAGCUACCAGCAUACACUGAUCCUGUAUUUUUGUGAUCAUACUGUUGUCUUUGUACAAUAAAAUCUUUGUGAUAUUU